AUGGCGGCCGCUCCAGAUCCAGAGGAGAUCCUUCUUUCAACGAGAGGAAAAGAUAAUUUCCAGCGCAUUACACGACUUUUAAUAAGUGGAGGGACAACCCUACUGAGGGAAACUUUUGACUCCAUAUGUCCUCCAAGUAAUCUUCCUACGAUUCUCAGUAAUCCAGUAACAAAGAACCAGCUCAAAGCUGCAAAACUAACGAUGCCACAGUGGCACUGUCUUUGUCCUUCCCCAGGGGUGUACGGCAAGUCAGCAGAUUUUGAUGUCACUCUGCUAUUCCGUUUGCUGAGGACAAUAUGCAACCUCACCCCUCCCUCCACAGGAUGGGAUGCACUACCAGCUACUGCAGAUAUCAGUUUAACAGCUGAUAUAGCAAGAAUAAAGUAUUACCGAAACUCGGUCUAUGGUCACGUGAACCAAGGCAUGGCAAUCCUAGAUAACGAGUUUUUAACACUUUGGCAAGAAAUUAGUGAAGCUCUCAUGAGGAUUGCUGGGCAGAUCAGUUCUACAAGGAAAACUGCAUGGCAAGGAGCCAUUGAUAAAUAUUUGACAGAUCCUCUAACAACUGAAGAUGAACGAAAUGUGCACGAACUUAAGUCAUGGUAUAAAAGUGAUAUGGAGAUCAAGAAAUCCAUAGAUGAAGUCAGUGAACGGAUAAGUCGUUUGGAGGUAGGGUUAAAAGCAAACAGUUGUAGAGAGAACUUUAAAGCUUCCAAAUUUAAUAGAUUCAGGCUUUUUGAUAGUCAAGGAGUUACUGGGUUAUUCUUAAGUUUACUGAUUUAGUGCAAUAUAAAGCAACUGCUUUUUUGUCCCAGAUAUGGUGACUUACGACACUUUGAAUUUUACACUCAGACAGCAGUUCAUGAAGGAACAGAUUUGAUGGAGGCAACAGUUUGUCAGGAAGCAAAAGAAAUUAAACAUCAACUGGAAGAGAUGAAUCAGUCAAUCGAUACACUCGCCUCUUCAAGUGCUGCAAAACAGUCAUCUAGGGGUGAGCCUUCUUAAAACAUUACCCCUUUGCUCAGUGAACCGAGAGUUACCCAAUUGUUGUCACCUCCAUUAAGCAACCANUGUCCUCCAAGUAAUCUUCCUACGAUUCUCAGUAAUCCAGUAACAAAGAACCAGCUCAAAGCUGCAAAACUAACGAUGCCACAGUGGCACUGUCUUUGUCCUUCCCCAGGGGUGUACGGCAAGUCAGCAGAUUUUGAUGUCACUCUGCUAUUCCGUUUGCUGAGGACAAUAUGCAACCUCACCCCUCCCUCCACAGGAUGGGAUGCACUACCAGCUACUGCAGAUAUCAGUUUAACAGCUGAUAUAGCAAGAAUAAAGUAUUACCGAAACACGGUCUAUGGUCACGUGAACCAAGGCAUGGCAAUCCUAGAUAACGAGUUUUUAACACUUUGGCAAGAAAUUAGUGAAGCUCUCAUGAGGAUUGCUGGGCAGAUCAGUUCUACAAGGAAAACUGCAUGGCAAGGAGCCAUUGAUAAAUAUUUGACAGAUCCUCUAACAACUGAAGAUGAACGAAAUGUGCACGAACUUAAGUCAUGGUAUAAAAGUGAUAUGGAGAUCAAGAAAUCCAUAGAUGAAGUCAGUGAACGGAUAAGUCGUUUGGAGGUAGGGUUAAAAGCAAACAGUUGUAGAGAGAACUUUAAAGCUUCCAAAUUUAAUAGAUUCAGGCUUUUUGAUAGUCAAGGAGUUACUGGGUUAUUCUUAAGUUUACUGAUUUAGUGCAAUAUAAAGCAACUGCUUUUUUGUCCCAGAUAUGGUGACUUACGACACUUUGAAUUUUACACUCAGACAGCAGUUCAUGAAGGAACAGAUUUGAUGGAGGCAACAGUUUGUCAGGAAGCAAAAGAAAUUAAACAUCAACUGGAAGAGAUGAAUCAGUCAAUCGAUACACUCGCCUCUUCAAGUGCUGCAAAACAGUCAUCUAGGGGUGAGCCUUCUUAAAACAUUACCCCUUUGCUCAGUGAACCGAGAGUUACCCAAUUGUUGUCACCUCCAUUAAGCAACCAGCACCAUGCGCUUGAUACACUUACUUUGCCUUUCUGUUAAGAAUGAAAGAAAGUAUAAUCCGAGAUAGAGGGUGACGACUGAUUGUGGGCCAAUUCUGUUCCCAGUCACCCACUUGUUUGUUUCAAAAUAAAGUGAUCUUUCUUCUAAAGGUUAACGAACUUCUAUUGAGCGGCCAAACUUUAAUUUUUCGGCCACAUGCCGGUACCCCGAGGAUGACCGCUUAAUGGAGGUGCAACUGCAAUUCCAUAAGCUUCGCUUUGUUUUACAACAUUUUACACCGCGGAAUUAAAAAACAAAUGAAAAGAGAGAACAUGAUUAUCGCAGUGAAAAACCAGACUUUGCGUAAAGAAAGCCUGAAAAAUUUAGGCUUGCCGGGAUUUGAUUGGAGCUUGUCAUGUUUUGUGGAGUGAAAUAGAGAAACAGGUUACAAUCACAUUUGGUCGUCUACAUCCACAAUUAAGGUGACUCGAUACAGUUUUUCAGGGUCAAUUCCUCCCCAAGUUUGAGCAUAAACUACGUCGCCCUACACAAAGAUUUCGGGAAAAAAUUGCCACCACAAUUGUAUUAGAUAAAGAUGAAAAUUUGUUAUGAUCAGGGUUGCAAUGACAUCGGAGUUGUCGUAGCAACGAAAUGUCACCAUUGCCUAUUUCACUAGCAGUAUUUCUCGGCACUGGGAAAUGUUCUUCCAAAAUUGUUCACGGGAGCUUUUUCCUCCUAUAGCUCGACGUUCGUGAAAUUUAACCGAAAUCUGUAAGAGCGUUAUCGAGAUAUUUUUGGAUGAGGUUUUUGUGGUUAGAAAUAAGGUACAAAAUGGACAAUCUUGAUGUUCGGCUGUUAUCUGUAAAAAACGAAGCGCUUUUGACAUACAAUUUCACCUCAUUGUAGUUUCAAUCUUUUUAUAAACGUUUGUCAAAAAUCAUUGAGGUAGCGACCAGCCGAUACUAAAAAGAAGGAUUUGAUUAGUAUGUAUCGAGGCACUCUUGUUAGUUCGUUAGUGAUUUUGUAAACAUUUUGGUCCACACUUUAACAAAUUAGCGAAUAAUUGUUAAACCGCUCGAUAGAUUUUUUUAAAAAAUUUAAGAUUCUUGAGAUUAACCGUCCCUUUAUAUGACCUUUUAGUUUCAGAUUAUUGCCAGAUAAAUUGUAAUACAGUAAAAUAACAGAUUUUUUUUUAUGUCGUUAGCUCUUCUUAGAUUAAAGAUUGACUGCGAGACCAUUUCUGGACCUGGUCUACAACAAGGAGCUACGGUGAUGAUAGGGCAGCCACAGGAAUCCCAAGGAGUAAUCAAGGAAGGUGCAGUUGCACCGGUCACCUCAAGUCAGUUACAAGUGUCAAACACAACCGCUUCCCUAAGCGGGAAUGUCACAAACGGUGCCAUUCCUUCCCCACAGCAAAUUCUGAGUUUAAUUGCCUCAAAGUACUUGAACAACUUAAACCCAUCAACACCAGAAGAUUUUAAUGGUUUCAUAGAGUAUAUGGAAAAGGUACGAAAAGUAAUUAUUGUUGACUGCAGCCCAGGAAGCUUGAUAAUCACAGUGGAAUGCACUUCUUUGGAGAUCCUUGAAGAACUUUGGCAAGACUAUUGUAUAGGUAAUCUUGGACGAGUGGUCCAGCAAUACCUAGUAACCGAGGAUCUUUUAAAAGAACUCGGACUAACUGAGGUAAAACUGAGCACGACCAUCGACGAAAAAGACUACAGAGAUUGUCAAAAGUGCUUAACAGGAGGUAGGUAUGAUCUAUAUAAUACACCCAUAGGACACCCAUGUUACGGUGUAACCGAGUUUAAAACAUACUUCAAACCUACUAAUCUUUGGAUCGAAAAGUUUUGAAUGAGAAGACGAAAGAGAAACAAAGUCGAGUUUAAAGCUACAAAAUGUAGCUUACAUUUUUUAAUAACAAAAGACCAACCCACGAGAGAAGUCAAUCGACAGAAAGUUGCAUAAAGGUGCAAAAAGAAGAUAACCUAAAUGGUGUUUUGUCAGCGCACACGCCUGAAUCAGCCAUUCUUCACUAAAGGGGUCUAUAAGUGAAUCAAAUACAUCUUUCCCCUUUCUAUCAACGGUUCAUAUUUUGCUGUAUAUAAGUUAACAUAGAGAGAGCCCAUUCCUUAUAAGCCCGGUGGUUUCCCUUGGGCUUCCUCGCCAUUAGCUUUUAAAUAUUUGGAUAUUUCUUGUUUUUUGUAUAUCCUUAUGGCAAAACAGCGAUGUAUAAGCGCUAUAUAAAUUCCAUUAUUCUUAUUAUUAAAAAACCAAUAAACUGAACGGAACUGAAUCUAAGAUUAUAGAAACGAUUUAGAAUAAUAGAAAGUUCAAAAACUUUGUACCUUUAAACCAUCCACCUGCGUCUCAAUAGAUUGCACCUGAGCGUGUCACUCUUUGAAAUUUCGAAAAUAGACAUAAAGUACGUAUAUUUAAGGGUUACUCUAAAAACAGACUGAGGUGACUGCCUUAUCGGAAAAUAGUAAAACGCACGGGAUGUCUGUUAAAUGAUGAACGCCGACAAAUAUGCGUUAUUGACCAAUCUUGUUCGUUCAAGAUGGCUGGAUAUUUGCCGCCCCAUGUAAGGAAAUCCGGAUUCUGGAAUCCGUGAAUUGUUUGCUUAUUGAAUCUGGAAUCUUGGGUUUUGGAAUCCGGAAUACAGCUCAGACGAGGAAUCCUGAAUCCCACAAACGAUUGGAAUCCAGAAUCCAAGUUCCACUGGCAAAGACUGGAAUCCAGUACUUGGAAUCCGGAAUCCACGACGUGGAAUCCUGAAUCCAACACUGUCUUGGAUUCCCUUACUGUGGCGACAAUUUCUUUUUCGCAUUUUUAUGGACCGAAACGAAGUCGAGGACCGUAAAAACACACACAAAAAAAGAACGAGGCCAAUAUCCAUCCAUCUUCGGUUUGACCGAACAAGCUUCGUUAAUGAAUUCAAAUACUGCACGAGGAGAGCAUGCAAGGAAAGAAGAAAAACGAACAAGGAAAACAAACAAUACUGAGAAGUUCUAUAACCUAUUUAAUAUUCAAACGGAGUGCUCUAUAUCGCAAAAGCGACCAAUUCAUGACACAACCGCAAAGCGGCAACAAGGGAAAAAGUUAUAAAAUAUUUUAUGUCCAAACGACGUUAACAAAUCGAAACAAGCUCUCAAAGGAAAGAUUAUACAAAUUAAUACAAGUUAAUGUUAAGUUCAAAAUUUUUCUCGUUUUUUUCGUUGCUUGGUGCGGCUCGUUCUCUCAACGCGGAGAAAAAUUGCCAUUAUUAUACUACUACAUGAGAAAUUUCUACAAUCUGAUUUGCUUGGAGCAUUGGUAUUUCGGCUUAAUUUGAAAAUUACAAACCUUUUGCGGGUGGUAGUGUGAACAAAUAAUAGCAUGAUUUGUACGUUAUAUUUGGCAUAAAUACCAAUCGUGAUAUUUCAAAAUUGUCUCAAUUGUGCCAAUUUCGAAAUAUCACUCGUGGUAUUUAUGCCAAAUAUCACUACAAAUCAUGCUAUUACCUAUACAAACCUCUUGAUCCAGGGUAGCUAGUUACAGGGUUCGCGCGCACCUUGAAAGUCCUUGAAUUUUAAAAUAAAAUAAAGGCCUUGAAAACUGCAGUCGGUGCUGGAAAGUCCUUGAAUUUCAAUGCUAACUUUAUAGUUUAAGUAGAAAUCCAAAGAGAAACGAGCAAACACAGAAAAACCUUCGGGAUAAAAUUACUCAUGUUGUGAAAGAACUAAAGAAGAUAUAGCCUCAAGGCUCUUUUUUGCACUGGAGUCCUUUGAAAUGGGAAAUGUGUCCUUGAAAGUCCUUGAAUUUUUUGUUCCAAAAAGGGUACGAACCCUGUUUAAGUUAUCGUUCACAAAAUGGUUUGAAAGUCUAUAGACAGUAAACUCUUGCACAUCUUGUUUGCAUUUUAUGUUAAUGGUUGCUUCUAAUGGCCUUGUUUUAACACCACUCAAAGUAGUUUUUUGCGUCUAGGUUUGUUAGAAUACUGCUUUGCAACGUUCAACGAAAGACGUAAAAAUCUUUCUUUUAUAUCAUUUUAGAGCAUAACAAAGUAAUUCAUUUGCGUGCGGGAGGAACUAUUUGAAAACAUAACACGAGGUAAAAAACAAAUCACAACAAGACUGCAGCAUGCCCGUGACACCCUAUUUCUUUCGGUCAUGACCUUGUCUCGAUCUGAAACAGGUUAGAAACAUACCAAGACUCCCCAACACAUGAAUGUAAUAUUAAUGCGUCAUAAUUAUCACGUUUACGUGAGGACUCUUUUCGCUUUUCAGAUUAAUUGGCAGGUAAACUCAGUCAGAGGUAAACUUUAAUUUGGUUUCUUUUAGGGCUUCCAGUAAAGGCAAAAUCCCCAGCGGCAUUUACGGAAGGCCAUCAGGAGCAGGGAGACAGCAGACGAGGGACGCGGGAUGUUCAAGUAGGUUUAAAGCCGCGACACAUACGCCUGCAUGGUGGUAUGCAAAUCUUUGUAAAAACAGUGGAUGGAAGAACAAUUACUUUGGCAACUGAACCGAGUGAUACUAUUAAAAAUGUGAAGUAUAAAAUUCAGGAUGCCUGGGGAAUUCCGCCAGAUCAACAACGCCUCAUUUUUGCCGGCAAGCAAUUACAACAUGGCCACACUUUGAGUGACUACAACAUCGGUAAGGAAUCAAUAUUGCUUUUACUGCUAAGACUUCGUGGUGGAAUGCAAAUCUUCGUACGGACAUUGACUGGAAAAAUAGUUACUUUAGCAGUUGAACCAAGUGAUACUAUUGAAAAUGUGAAGACUAAAAUCCAGGAUUUAGAGAGGAUAUCUCCAGAUCAACAACGUCUCAUUUUUGCCGGCAAGCAAUUGGAAGAUGGCCGUACCUUGGGUGACUACAACAUCCGGAAGGAAUCAAUAUUGCAUUUAGUUAUGAGACUUCGCGGCGGUAUGCAAAUUUUUGUUAACGUACUACCCGUAAAGAAGACGAUAACUUUAGAAGUUGAACCAAAUUAUUCCAUUAAAACCGUAAAACUGCUAAUUCAGGACAAAGAAGGAAUUCCGCCUGAUCAACAGUGCCUUAUCUUUGCCGGCAUCGAACUUGAAGAUAGUGGCACCCUAAAUGAUUACAGAAUUUCCCAAAAAUCAUCAACUCUGGACUUGAUUCUCAAAAUCGAUGUUCGCUUGAAGAUGUCAACUGGGAAACUGCUUCUUUUGGAACUUAAAUCUACCGAUACAAUCAGAGAUGUGAAGGACAAAAUUCACGUCAAAGAAGGCAUAUUGCCUGAUCGACAACGUCUUAUGUUUGACGGCAAAAAACUCGAAGAUAGCUGCUCUGUGGGUGAAUGCAACAUUCAGAGCAACUCUAUUUUGACCUUGGAGGAAGAUCAUGGUAGCAGGAAAAAUUGUAUUUUGCUUUGAUUACAUACAUUCAUUUACGCAGAUUUGCAAAAACGUAUUCAAACAGUUUCUAUGGUACAAAAAUGAAACAAAAAAAACCCUUUGAUAUCGUGGAGUUCAGCAGGGUUGUUGACGCCAGUGGGUUCUGGUAUCCAAACCUUGCUACGUUAUUUUUAGAAUUAGUUUCAUGUAAAACAAACACAUAGGGAAAAUAGUGCAAGCAAUGAAUAUUAAUCACCAAGCAUAAAUACAGUCGAACCUCCCGUAAGCGACCACCCAAAAUGCAAAGACUGAGUGGUCGCUUACAGGAGGUGGUCGUUUACAAGAAUCGAACCACAGGUGGUAUUUUCGGAGAAGAGUUCCAGGCACAUCUACUUGAUGGAAGAUAAUUUAUUGUAUGUAAUGUCUAAGUUAAGACGUGUAGUUCCAUGUUGUCACUAAAGUUCUUCGUAUAUUCUAAGUAGCAUAGUGCACACCUGAGCGAACAUAGAGAUCAGAGAAUGUGUCAAGUGGUCGCUUACAAGAGGCUAAAAACAAUGGAAAAUCAUUAGGCCCAAAAAGUGGUCGCGGUCGCUUACAGGAGGUGGUCGUUUACUAGAGGUUCCAACUGUAAGGCUUAAAUGACUGGGGAAAUUUUGGUGUUUUGGAUUGGCGGUCGUUUAUGGGAGGUGGUCGCUUACGAGAGGUGGUCGCAUAUGGAGGUUCGACUGUAUAUCUCGAUAAUAUAUUAUUCGUAUGUUUUUUCAAUAAACACUAUAGUGAAAGGUUGUAUAUAAAAUGCAUACUCCAAAAUCAGGUUGGAUUUGUUAUUUAAGCAAUAGACCACACUUUCUAUGGGUUUACCGGCGUGAUAACCCACGCGCGAUGUUGGGAGAACACGAGAAAAGCUUGUAAAUCACGAGCCGAAGGCAAAUCAGUAACUUACCGGCUGCGUUACCUUAUGAUCCGACAACGUCGACGUGCAUGAAAACAUCGUCAAAAAACAGACUUCGCAUGCUUUCAAACGUUUUCGCGAUUAUGCUAAGUUGCCCAGAUGCUUAAAAGAAGGGAAUUUAUAUUGGAGGUGAACAGAGGAGAAAGCGUCCGAAUUCGGACAAGGAUGGUAGAUUUAUCGCCUUGCCGUUCCCGUUCUUUAAGUAAACUUAAAAUUUGGUCAUUUCACGUUGCAGUUCUGCAGGGACGGCAAAGAAAUAAACAAUAAAGCGUGAUGCUCGUGCAGAGUUAUUGUUUUUGACGUUCCCGUUGCCGUUGCCGACGUAGUUUCGUUAUUCAACUGUCCCUCGCGUUCGCUUCCUACUUUCGACUUCACCCAAGCGUACAUCAGUAACACUCACGAAUGUCUAACCAAGAGGUUGCAGAUUCUUCAAGAAUGCGAAGAAACUCUAUAACAAGUCUAUCACCAUUUGCUUCUAAAGCGUGAUCAGAAAGAAUCGCAUAUCAUACACUUUCUCAGCGCUUUCACUUAGCUUCAUAGAAUGCCACCCGGCGGGGACUGGGAACUGCUAACAAACAGCGAAACAAACUUCCAGACACAGCACAGGUAGCCCAAGCUCGAAAUAUGAGCAUCGGCAUUGUUGCGAAACAUUCGAAAUAUGAGUAUUUGUAUGGGAAAAAACCUAUCGUUUCUGUAACCUAAGAAAAUGAAAGGAUUUCAAUAAAAAACAGCUUACCUUACUUAAAAUGUGUGUUACGUCUCUCCUGUGUGGUCCACGGGCCGAUUUAUGGCCGUUUUAUGGGUUUUUAUGUAAACGGUUUUCUCUCUCUAUAUAGGUUUAAACCUUUAUAAACCAUUGUAAACCUGUAUAUAGAGAGAAAACCGUUUACCCCCAAAGUCUUCUGGGGGUAAGUUAAAUACUCAAUUCAUAGUACAACACUAUUUUUGCACCAAAUGGUAGACUCACGGCAGUCGCGAAACCAAAUGAGUCCACACGCCUCUUGUCAACUAGGGAGCGUAACGUGGGAUUUUAUAUUUUUAAGGCGUAUGGACGGGAAUAAAAAGGGAACUAAGUAGCCACGACGGCGACGGUAGCGAAAACGACACUCGCACUCGCACGCUGUUUCAAGCUUCAUCGCUAUAAUAUCGCUUUGUUAGAUAUGGCAAAUGUGGACGAGUUUUUCUGGGGUUGAAUUAUUAAGGUACAAAAUCGUCGUCUUGAGUUGACGACUGCCAAGCAACGUGAAAUGUUUAUUGUAACACCUAGGAGCUCACAUAUGCUCGUUAAAACUUGUAAGUGUAUAAAAAAAUAAAUGUUAAAGAAUAAAAGCAAUCAAUGAAAACUAAUCAUGUAAUAAAGAGCAAUCUAAAAAUCUAAUACGCUAAUAUUUACAACUAAUAUUUACAGAUAAUAUUUACAAAUGAUAUUGACAGAUGAAAUUUAAAUUCCUUAUAGAAUUUAAACGCUUUUAGACAUGAAGAUUUCAAGAGACCGCUUAAAAGUUCUUACAUAUUGGAUUCUCUAAUUAUUGGCAGUAAAGUAUUCCACAGUUUGCUAGCUAAAAAGGUAAAAGAUUUAUGCAUGCAUUCUAAAUUAAAACAGGGGUACCCAACGAGAAUAUAGUUAAAAACCACUUAAACAUGGCAUUGUUAAACGUGUUUUAGUAUUUAAACAGUGGAUAUGGGCAUAUUUUUAUCCCCUAUAAAUUUUUCAUCUGUUCGGAUUUCCUAGCUGAAAGUCUAGUGAUCCGAAAAUUAUAGGGAUCAAAACUUACACUCCCGAAAAUUUUAGGUGACCUUUUUAGGGUAAAAAUCCGUUGAAAAUGGGCAAUUUUACCAUUUUUUAGAUGUUCGAAAAUCCUAGGAGUAGCAGGCAAGCAAGAAAUUUUACAACAAAUGUUCCGAAACUUCUAGAUCUCAAAUCGUCUUCCGAACAGAUAUUUUUCCGAAAAUUGUCGUUGGGUGCCCCUGCUAAAAGAUGGCCGAUCAAUCCUUGUUUCACGCCCACGUAAAUUAUACGAAACAUUCUUAAAGCUAAAAAUCCACCAAUAUACUGUGCGUCCUGAUUACACAAACAUUUGUUUCGCAUCAUCAUUAACGAUUGAAGCUGUCGAUGUUGUUCUAACGACUUGACACAGACUUCGAAUAGUUUAAAACAAAUCUUAAUAAAUAAUAGCAGUAAUAUUUAGUGUUCUCCAUUUUAUUAGCCUCGACAUUAACAAUACCAAAAAGAAGAGGACUACAAUAUUCUACUGCGGAAGCACAUACGAAUUAUAGAGACGACCGUUACAUCUUUUAAUUUGAAUUUAAGCUGUUUUUUAUGUGCACUUUGAAAUUUAAUUUGCUAUCCAGAAUCAUUCCUAAAAUCGUAAGUGUAUCUUGUGUCUCUACGAUGGCCGUUUUUAUACUGAGGACACAUUAUUCGUCUGCAACAAAGUCGCAAGCAGUUGCCACUGGGCCAUCGUCAUAUGAAUAUGACAAUAGCUGCUUUUAUACUAAGCACGCAUUAACCGUCGUGACGAACUUGGGCAAACAUCUAUAGCUCGUCUGGUUAGGCGUCUCAAGCAUAAAGACGGGCACAAGACGCAUUAUGCGUCCAGACGAACUACCAGAGAGAUAGUUCGUCCAGACGAAUAAUGCGUCUUGUACCCGUCUUCAUACUCGUGACGCAUAACCAGACGAACUAUAGAUGUUUGCCCAAGUUCGUCACGACGGUUAAUGCGUGCUUAGUAUAAAAGCAGCCAUCGUCAUAUUCAUAUGACGAUGGCCCAGUGGCAACUGCUUGCGACUUUGCUGCAUUAAUCUUUAAAUAAUAUAAUUCAAUUCAAACGAGCUUGAUCGUACGCUGAGAUCCGAAUGAACAUACUGCAAGACCACUGGGAAGGGAUCCGAGGCAUAUUUAGUUGUAUCAUCGCCAUACAGCCUCAAAUUCAUAUUAGAUACAAAGUAAUUGAGAUUACAUGGAGGGAUCCUUUCCAUGCAGUUUGUGUAGGUUGUGUGUAAGCGUGCUUUAAGCGGGCAUACUCUUGCCCUCCAACAUGGCGAUCAAAACUACUUUUUGCUUAUAUCUUGUUAAACGUUUAAUAGUUACGCUCAGAUGUGCUUUAAACUUUACCACAUCAUCCUUUCAACAUUUGCUUGAAGUUUAAGUGCAAAAUUUGCUUUCAGAAAGAGGUAAUUCAUCAUUUCAAAAAUCACAUUUUGGUCACGUGACCAGAUAAAACUUACUUGUUUUAAGAAAAUGGUGCGGAUUUGAAAAACCAAAUCACUAUUAUUUUGUUUAAGAUGUGACCCACAAAUCGUUUUUCGUAGGCAAAAUCAUAUAACUUUCAUUUUCAUAAAAACGAAGUCACAUGACCUCUUAGUGCCAAUUGCCUAUUGACCAAGAAAAAAAGAGUUGAAUCUGAAAAAUAAAAAAAAAUGCACCAACUUUUUUACCAGCUAUAAUUUAAGAAGCAUGACACAUUUAGCAAUUAAUGAAUGAUUCUUCAUAUUCAACGAAAGCCGAAUUCAUUAAUUUUUUAAUUGUUUUAUUAUUCAUUCAAAAUAAUUCCUAGUUUAAAACAAAACUAAAACAUGCUUUACUUUCGUCGAUGUCAAGUUCACCUCGAUAGUAGAUGUUUAGAAGAUAAAGGGCUGUUCAGGUCUUUAAAAUUUACUCCAAAUAGCAGAUGUUAAUUGUCCAUCGAGUUGUCUUUUUGCUAUGUGUUUAGACAAUAGUUCGUCGUGAAACGAGUAGAAUGUUCCGCAAAACGUUCCGCCAUUUUUGUUUUCACAAACAAAACAACUCAACCUCGUCUCCAGGUCUUCUCGGUUAACGGUGCAUUAAUCUGCAACUGUGCUGCGUUUUUGACGUCAUCGUUUGAUUAAUCGCAAAGUUCUUCCAAAUUUAUUCACAAUUGUGGCUACGCCGCCGCAAAGUUUCUGAGAGCUUACGCGCAGAGUCAGAAGCGUAAGCACUGGGGUCGAGAAUGGAAAGAGCUCUGCGACUGCGAACGAAUCUAUCAUUGUUGCGCUACGCUUAGUCAAUCAUGGAACAAAAGAAAUGUUGAGAGUUGUUGGCUCAAAAGUCCUACCGGUUUCAAACUUUGCGAAACAACUCUCAACAAUACGUAAUAACCUGCAGCAGGGUGUGUAAAAGGACGGAACAUGUAACAUCCAUAAUGUUGGUAGUUGUUGACCAUCAACGUUGCGUCUGUUUUCAUGGGGCUUGAAAGCUUAACUGUGCUCACCUCGUAGGUGGUUCCUCCUGAAAUGUUCUACAAUUGGUAUAGGAUUUAAUGGAGCCGAAACCAAUUGUUGAGAUGAAAGCAUUCCAGGCAGGUACCCUUGAGUGAUGAACAGUUACGACUAAAUUUCUAGCAACAACACUGAAUUUGCCGUCUGUCCUCGUUGAAUUAUUGAACUGACAAGGUCUUUAGAGUUUGUAUAUGUUGUGGUUCAAUUUUAUCCUUGGUUCAAAUCUUCUUUUCUUUUGUUUCAAACUCAUUAUCAUGUUAUUAUCAUACAUUACCAUACCCAAAAAUAAAAGAAAAGAAAAUUUGAACCAACGAUAAAAUUGAACCACAACAUAUAUAUACAUCUUGCACAGACUUUGUUAUAGAUUUUUCCACAAACUUGUAAAUGAUGAAUAAUCAAAAUGCACAUCAAAAACCUAUCGCUUGAGUCACUACAUGUUCCACGACUUAAUUACAAUUUUGUGAGAAUUAGCGCUGGUGUUAUGGUCGGGAUGGUGUGCGUCUGAAUAUUCGAAUAUCGUUAAUUGUUAUCUCUGUGACAAGCUCAAGAGGUUUAAGGCCUGGAUCUAAGGUGUGUUUGGAGCAUAUGAAUAAUUGGCAAUAUCUCUCACUAGGAGGCCUAGAACAAAAUGUAUUUUUUCCCUAAAAGUAAAUCAUGAGGUUUUCUUGUGAGUUAAAGUUUAAUUGUGGUCACGUGACAUGUCACGUGACCAAAUAUUGAAAAUGAAGGAAAUUGGCGAAUUGGUGGUGAAUUAACUUUGUUUGGAUAAACAAAUUUGCAUUUCUGAAAGAAGAUAAACGUACCUAACUUUCUACGUUUGGAAUGAAUGUGCAAAAAGUUUAAAGUUAAAGAUUUAAGCGAUUCAAGAUUGAAUUUAGGCAUUCAAAAUUGUGUUUUCCCUCAUAAUUUUUUAUUGAAAUGCAAUGGACGGUCAUUUCAAGCGUAAAUUGUUAGAAAUAUUUAAUAUGAAUUAGAAAAAUGUUAUCGCUCGAUUUCUCUUUUUAAAGCGGCCACCAACUGGUCAAUAAUUCACGAUUUUUAGUAAAAUGGUCAUGUGACAUAUCACGUGACUUAUUAACCAAUAUUUUUACCUUAAAAUAUUAAGGACGAUGAGUUCUUUAUGUGUGCCAAAUUUUGAUUCAGCGCCAUCAUCCAUGCCAAAGUUAUAGUCAUUAAAUCAUUUUCCACAGGUAAGCCCCUUAGUCCUAAACCUUAAAAUACUUGAGAGACUACUAAACAAACUAAAUAAUGAACAUAUACGAUUCUAACAUUUGUGGACAGGAAGGGAAAGAUCUCGCGAUUUGGGCACCUAGAUUCAUUUAACACACUUUUGUCACUAGCUCUGCUUACACUAUUGAUUGAUUGCUUGGCUAUUCAUGGACGUGGUACACAACGAGGAGCUACAGGAAUGAUAGAAACACCACAGGAAUCCCAAGGUGUAAUGCAAGGGGGCGCAGAUGCACCUGGAACGCUAAUUCUGCAAGAACCGUCCGCUAGAACGAAUUUUCAGGGACAAAAUGUACGAAAGGAAGGAUUUCCCGCCCGACAAGACGUGUUGACUUAAAAAGCAUAAAGCCAUCAACACCGGAGGAGUUUAAUGCUUUUAUAGUAUAUAUGGAAAAGGUUCGCCAAGGGAUUGUUGUUGAUAACAAGCCUGGAAGCUUGAAAAUUAUACUGGAGUGUACUUCGUUGGAGAUUCUUGAUGAACUGUGGCAAGACUAUUGUACAGGCAAUUUAGGUAAAGUUGUUCAGGCAUUCCUAGUCACAGAGGACAUUCUGAAGAAGCUUGGUCUAACUGAAGUGAAACUAACAACAACAAUCGAGGAAGAACAAUACAGAACUUGCCGAGAGUAUUUUUGUAAACAAGAAGGUGGGUACGAUAAAAUUAUUUAACAAAGUCUUCAACAGGCAGCUGAUAUUUUACGGCUCGUUUCAUUGAUUUGUGAAAGGUUUGAACAUAGGAGUCAUAUCUUCCUAAGUAGCUUGAGCAUGAUCGUCUGCUAGUAGGUGAACGUAGUCCUGAAUAGGACUGGUGUUGUUGACAGUGACUAACGUUUCCACAACCUGUACGGUAGUCACCUUCAGAGUCAAAGUGAGUUGUAUCGCGUAUGUUGAUAGCCUGGGACCAGGCUCUGCAUUAAGGCAAAAAGGAAAAUAUGGGGAGUGAAAAGGGUGGCGCCCUUUUCCCCUACCCCAGACCACUCUUGGGAUCGCAUCGCUCGCCGAUACUUUCCUUAUUUUUGUUUUUGCUUUUUUCUCCACUGCGAGCCUGGUCCCAGGUUAGUCAACUGAUGGUAUUAAACUCUGGUUAUUGACCAGUCCUCUUACAACCCGACCUCUCACAAAGCUAUAACUAUACGGACUUUGAAGAGACGACCACAACUAGCAACUAGCUUGUGACUUGCCUGACAGCCUACAAAACGAGACUGAUCAAUGAAACAACGUUUUAGUAAAGCAACUACAACGUGGACUUUGUAGCACUCAGAGUAACGCCAAUUCCAACCCUCAAGACCAACUUUAACUCUGGCCCUGUUACGACGGAGACUAUACCGUACAUCAAAGGCACCUCUAAAACUAUCGCACGUAUACUGCAGCCUUACGUACAACAUCCCUGAAACAUACGCGUCAACUGUCACUGUCAGUCACAGUCAACAACAGUCCUGUUCAGGACUAUAUGUUCACCCGGACGAUCGUGCUCAGCCUACUUGUUUCAUUGAGCUGUGAUAUCCAAAAAUUCUGAUGCAUGGGCAUUAUGUAUGUGGACGAUCCUGAUUGAUCGGAAGACAUUAAAACAACAAAAACGACAUCAAACCAACAACGAGAAACAAAAGGGUCAUGUAGCAGUACUCGGAAGAGAAGUCACCAAUGGUGAGUUUCCCUGACCCCAAACAAUACUAAAACAAUUAGAAGAUAACAUGUCAUUGCGACCAAUUAGGGGCUAAGAGACCUUCCGAGCAGCUCCUACACCACUCAAACAAAACGGCAUGAUACAGCUUGUCUUUGUUCAUAUAAUCGUCAGCCGUUUGAACAAACACAAUCGCCGUUUUACGUAACACUCAUAAGAGGCUGCUUUCUGGUUUCGUGGUAUUUGAGAAGUAAGCUCUAACUAAGAUAGCGUUGCAGCCGAUCCGGCACUUUUAACGAUCAAGAGAUUUUCUUCUGGCUCCUUAUUUGAAGACCAUCCUGAAAGUUAGGAAAGGCUUACCUUGCUCAGCACGGUAAAAAAAGGGACGUAUACUCAGUCCAAGCUGAGAAUAACAGCUGUGCACCGUCCUGGAGAUUUGACUUCGUAGUUUCAAUCUCCGUCGCUUCGGCGGAGUAGUUGUUUGUUUAGGUUUGCAACUGUGAAAUAUAGGAAACCUUCGUUGUUUUAGUUGAAAUAUAUUUGAAUCUCAAAUAUGCCUACCAGUAUUCAAGAUUAAACUCAAGAAUCGUCAAAUGAAGUAUCCUGAGGUAAACCGGCUGAACAACGAGAUAGACGUCGGAUUCAAUAAAGAGUGCUUUGGGCAUUGGGCAAUUGCACACAGGGAAGCUAUCUUCGGUGGUCUCUCAAUCAAAUGUCAUUGCACUGAGUUCCGAGAGCCCAAUGCCAAAUGCCCAAUUGCCAAAGCAAUUUUUUAAUGCAUAUGUAAAUGUUGAGUAUUGAUCAUUUGAUUAUAACAUGGAGUGGAGGAGGCGCGGGGUUAGGGCGCGGGAAGGUGGCAAUGGGUGAUACAAUUUCCGCUGCCACGUUCGCUUUUUCAAAUUUAUCUUUCGUACUGCCUUAUCCCUAUUCCCUCUUCCCCCUCCACCUCUCUACGACAAAGCCAUUCGUACAAAGUCUUCUGGUUCGCUUAAAGAAUGUUUGCAAUUUUAUUCCCAGAACCAGUUAUGUUAACACAUGGUACUGAUAGUGGUAGUCUAACAAGAUGUAUGGUACGGUAAAUACAAUCGUUAGUUUAAAUUUUAAUCCUGUUAGCGAUAAUGAGCCUAUCGUGGUGCAGGUCCAGGUCAAUAACCCGUUACUUAACACUCUCAUUUUUGUUUUUCUAGUUGAUUGUGAACAGCAGAUCACCAUUAAGGCAAUGUCUGGGGAAAUUAUCAUGUUAAAAGUCAGACCAAGUGAUUCUGUCAAGGAGAUGAAGAUUAAAAUUUCUGAGACGCAAGGGUUUCCCCCUAGCCAACAGCGUCUAAUCUUUCGUUGGAAGAACCUCGAAGACCACUGCACAUUGAGCGACUAUGGCGUCAACGAGGAAUCGACCCAUUACUCUCUUGUGCAUUUGGUUGUUAGACUUCGGCUGCCGCAAAAGCCACCCAUGGCCAUUUCCGUGCAAACAAUGACUGGCAAAACGAUCAAGUUGGAAGUUAAACCAAAGGAUUCCAUUGACAGUGUGAAGACGAGAAUUCAAGAGAUAUUGGGGCUUCCGCCAGACCAACAAAUUCUCUUUUUUAAUAACAAGCCACUGAAAAAUUAUGGCAUUCUGAGCGACUACAACAUCCAGCAUGAAUCCACUCUCUUAAUUCUUGCUAUCCCUGAUAUUCGUAAAAUUGCAGAGUGGAAAGACGAUUUCUUUACCCCUAUAUCCGGGGUGUACAGUUGA